GAGGAAUUGAGGAGACAUCCACUCUACCAGGAGCCUCAACAAGCCUGCUUACACCAUGUCCCAGCCUGGUGAGGUGAAGAAGAAGAAGAGGCCAGUGAUGAAAGAGGAGGACCUGAAAGGGGCCAGGAGCAAACUGGGCCUGAAGGGCGAAGUGAAGAGCAAGACCUAUGAAGUUAUGGCUGAGUGCGAGCGCAUGGGGAAGGUGGCACCCUCUGUGUUCAGCAAUGUGCGGUCUGGGGGAGAGACAGCCCUCCAACAGCCUAGUGCCACACCAUCGGGCAGCGUCUUUGGGAAGUAGCACCAUGGAGCACAGAUAUCCUGAUGGACAGAGAGAGAGAGAGAGAGAGAUUGCAGAAGGAUUAAAAGACGAACUCUCUGAAAAUAUAUGUGCGAUCUCCAUACCGCAAUUAUUUUUAUAUAGAAGUUUAAGUACUGUGCAUAUGCUUUACAAAAUAAAGUACAUUAAUUCUGUACAUUACAGUAUAUGUAUAAUACCAGCAGUGAUUUUUGUCAAUUGUAAAUGUAUGGCAAAUAUUUGAUUAAAAUAACCUUUCUUAUGUU